AUGAUAAAUGAAGGGGAUUAUGAUAGAAAUAUCCAAGUAAUUGUUGCAAAUCCAAAUUAUUUAUUACAUGACAAUAGAGCAGUAAAUUUUGUUGUUAAAUUUAUUCAGGAACGCCCAAAAUAUGUAGUUAGGAACCUUAAUGAAGAGUAUAGAGAUUUUACAAUUGACAUUGAAAAGGAAAUCCUCUUGUUAAGUAAAGCCAAAGCCGUGGUAUUUCUAUUUCCACUAACUGCAUAUUAUAUGCCAGCACUACUAACUCAAUAUGUACAAAGUGUAUUUACAUCAAAAGGUUUUAUGGAGGCAGUUUUCAAUAAAGAAUUUUUAAUCGCAGUCACUGCAUUACAGAAUGAAAGUGUAUUUACAGGUGUAAGAUCUAUGGAGAUACUUUUAAGCUCUGUUAUUCAAACUGCAAAAGAUUCAGGGCUUCACUAUAUUGGAAUUGUGAGAGUUUGUGAUCCAAGUGAUGAUUUCAAUAAUCAAAAUGAAGUUCUUUUAGAGGAAGCUUGUGCAAAGAUGGUAACACUUAUAGAUACAAAUGUGAAUUUAUAA